GCCUAUGAACCAAUCGCAGCGCAGGAGGUAAGAUUAGACGGAAUACGGGUAGGGGAAAUAACGUUCAACACACCGUCUUUAUUGAACAUGGCGACCCGAGGACCGAAUGGAGAUUCUCCUUAUUUACCUUCGGGGGCAGCGGAGGUGAAUCGACUGAUCCAGGAAAAUGGCGACCUGUUUUCUGAGUCGCAGUGUAAAGUGUGCAACGCUGUCCUCAUUUCAGAGUCACAAAAACUCGCACAUUACCAGAGCAAGAAGCAUGCAAGCAAAGUAAGACGUUACAUGGCCACCCACGAAGACGAACCCUUUGCCAAGAGGUUCAAACCCUCAUCACACGAUGCUGAAAGUGGUGAGGUCGUGCAGAGUGAAGGGGAGAAAUACAAAGCCUGCCACGUGUGCAACAUGAGCUUUUCGUCUGCAGUGGUGGCUCAGUCUCACUACCAAGGCAAAGUGCAUGCCAAGAAUCUUAGAUUAAAAAGCUUCGGGGUACAGGCACCUGCCAUUCCUCAGCCCAUUGUUCCAGUGAAAAAGGUGGAUGUACAGACCAGAGAAGGACAAGGCUCUGCUGUUCACGACCCUAACCGCUUCUGUACCAUCUGUCAGGCUUCCUUCAACAACCCAGUCAUGGCUCAACAACACUACAGUGGCAAGAAGCACAAAAAACAUUUGACCAAGCAGAAACUGAUGGAGACUUUCGGGCCUUCCGCCGUACCAGCCUCGACAGUAAAGGGAUACCCGUGUACCAUGUGCAAUAUUGAGCUCAAUUCAGUGGAACAGUACCAGGCUCAUAUCAGCGGCGCCAAACACAAGAACCACGUUCGACUCAAGGAAGGUGGCAACUCCACUGUGAGCCCCUUGGUAAAAAAACAGCCGGACUAUGUGUAUGGCUAUAACCAGCAGCAACAAGCCCAAGAGGAUUGGGGCAGUUUAAAGCAGGACUAUGAGUCAGGAGGCCUGUAAGGCAUCACCACCCUCAACACUUUCACAACGAGCCGCCUUUGUUCAUUCAAAGGCAACGUCUCCCUUCAAUACGCCAGAUUCUGCUCUAACAUCGCUCGUUGCUCUGUACGGUGUGUCGUUCUUACUCAGCGGUAGAUGAGUGAACACCUCUAACCUCCAUCCUUUUUUUUUGUUUUUGUUUUUAAAACAAGUGUUUAAAUAAGAAUAUAAUCUUAUAAUAAUACAGUAGUUCAGCUGCUGCACAGAAUUGUGUAAUGACUGAAAUUAUUCCUGGAGGGUCGACAUGUUUUUUUUUUUUAUUUUAAUUUUUUUGUCUUUUUUUUUCUCCCCCCUCUCCCUGUUGUACUUCGGUCUUCUAAGACUGGGGUUGUGCAAGAGCUAAAUUAUUUAAUACUAAUAAAAAAAAGCUGUAUCUUUUAUUUUUAUUUUGUAAUCAAUUUUGUUUUCGUUGCUAUACAAGCAUUUUUUUUUUUUUUAUAUAUAUAGAG